AUGGAUCCUCCGGCUCUGCCUCCAGUCACUGAUCCCGUCACUCCACCCCAGUCCGUCGGCCAGUCGGGUCCACCUUGGCUUCUUCCUCCCUUGGUUCCAACAGAUACCAUUAUUGAUCCUCUGGCUCUCCCUCCAGUCACUGAUCCCAUCACUCCACCCCAGUCAGUCGACCAGUCGGGUCCACCUUGGCUUCUUCCUCCCUCGGUGCCACCAGAUACCAUUAUGGAUCCUCCGGCCCUGCCUCCAGUCACUGAUCCCGUCACUCCACCCCAGUCAGUCGACCACUCGGGUCCACCUUGGCUUCUUCCUCCCUCGGUUUCACCAGAUACCAUUAUGGAUCCUCCGGCUCUAGUCGCUGAUCCCGUCACUCCACCCUCCCCUGAUCCCGUCACUCCACCCCAGUCUGUCGACCAGUCGGGUCCACCUUGGCUUCUUCCUCCCUUGGUUCCAACAGAUACCAUUAUGGAUCCUCCAGCUCUGCCUCCAGUCACUGAUCCCGUCACUCCACCCCAGUCCGUCGGCCAGUCGGGUCCACCUUGGCUUCUUCCUCCCUUGGUUCCAACAGAUACCAUUAUUGAUCCUCUGGCUCUCCCUCCAGUCACUGAUCCCAUCACUCCACCCCAGUCCGUUGACCAGUCGGGUCCACCUUGGCUUCUUCCUCCCUCGGUCCCACCAGAUACCAUUAUGGAUCCUCCGGCUCUGCCUCCAGUUACUGAUCCCGUCAAUCCACCCAAGUCCGUUGACCAGUCGGGCCCACCUUGGCUUCUUCCUCCCUCGGUUCCACCAGAUACCAUUAUGGAUCCUCCGUGA